ACAAUGGUUGCAAAGAUGAAAAAAUGGUCACCUUGGCAGCAUAAUAAUAAUAAUAAUAAUCCACAACAAUCCGCCACAUCAAAAAAGUAUAGAGUGAAAGUGGAAAGAAUAAAGCUGGAAGGAUUAUUUGAAUAUGGUGGUGGUGAGAAAGUUAUGGGAAUUGAGGUAAAAUGGAAAGGCGGUGGUGGUGAUCAAAAGAAACGUCAUCAUCAGGGGUUCGGGUUUCGAAAGAAGGCGGGCGGGUCGUCGGGAGAAAGGACGUGGUUUAAAGAAAUAGUUGUGAAGAAAGGUGAAGUUGUUGUAUGGGAAGAAGAAGAUGAUAUCAAUUUGGAGAAUGUUUGUCAGUUUUUGAAUGGUGAUGGAUUUAAUGAUGAUCAACAUUAUAAGCUUUUUCCUUGGAUUCUCAAAUUCAAAUUCACUUAUGGAGAGCACAACAAGGGGAAAAUGGCGGAGAUAGGAAAAGUGUCAUUGAAUUUGGCUGAGUUCACUUCAAAAAUAGAGUCUCCAGUUAUUGAGAAAAAGCUCCCUGUUGAUCUCCAGAUUGCAGGAUUGACAACACAAGCUACGGUCUCAGUUUUACUAAGUUUUGUGGAAAUUAGGGACUCUGGGGAACUUGUUCCUGAGCUGACUCUGGCGGAUGAUUUUAAAGCUGUAACAGAGAAGAAGAAAUUGAGUUUGGAGGAGGUGUUUCUGUCUGACUCGGAUAACUCAGUCACAUUUGACUCUGAUGAGUCUUCUGAGUCACAGUCAUCAUCUUCGGUUACUGUCCAGGCAGGCCCAGACAAAAAGGCUGGGUUAUUUGAUUGGAAGAGGCCAAGAUUAAACCUUAAACUGAAGAAACCAAAAAUCAAGGAUUCACGACCACCCACAUUGUUCUCAGGCGACUCAAGAGUCUCUGGUCAAGAGCACAAGACCUUGACCCAUAACACAUUAUCAAAUACAUGGGAAACAAGGGAAUUCAUUAGUCGAGAUAGAGAAUCAGUGCUCAAUACACAAUCAUUUUUCGCUUCUUUUGAUCAAUGUAGUGACAAAGCCGCUGGACCAAGUGCUUGUACAGCCUUGGUCACGGUCAUAGCCCAUUGGCUAGGGUCAAACGACUCGACCACCAUGCCGACAGUUGAACAGUUUGAUAAUCUCAUUAUUGAUGGUUCAUCCGAGUGGAGAAACCUUUGUGAAAAUGUAACCCACGUGGCUGAAUUCCCUGACAAACAUUUCGACCUUGAGACUGUGUUACGGGCAGGGAUCCGGCCCAUAUCUGUUUCUCGAGAGAAUUCUUUUGUCGGGUUUUUUAGUCCAGAGAAAUUUGACUCUUUGACAGGAGUAAUGUCAUUUGAUGAUAUAUGGGAUAACGAGAUUAGUCAAAGCCAAGGGGUUUACAUAGUGAGUUGGAAUGAUCACUUUUUCGUGUUGAAAGCAGAUGAAGAUGGUUAUUAUAUCAUUGACACAUUGGGUGAACGGCUCGUUGAAGGAUGCAACCAAGCAUAUAUCUUGAGGUUCGAUAAUGGAUCGUAUAUGACCCACAACCGGACUGGGAAAGUAAUUUGCCAAGGGAAGGAUUGUUGCAAAGAGUUUAUUAAGAUGUUUUUAGCUGCAAUACCACUUAAAGAGCUUGAAAUUGAGGAGCAAAAACAGGCUGUUCCUUAUUACUCAUUGCACCACCGUCUGCAGAUCGAAUUCAACUUCUGUAGUAUGGCGUAGCCAUUAGCUUGGUUUCUCUGAAGUGGUGGACUUGUAUAUUUAUGUAUAUAUAGUUGUGUAUAUAACAGACUUAGUGAAUUCUAACUUGUUAUGAUUCUGUUGAUUAAUGAAAACAUAAAUCUUGAAGGUU